AUGAAUUUACCAAAAAUUUCUUUUUUUGAUGAUCCAAAAUCAAAUUUAUGGAUUAAAGAAGUAUUAUAAGCAUCAGAUCCAAUAAUUAGUGGAACACUGUUAAAAAAUUCUAAAUUAGGAAUUCAAAAAGAAAGCAACUAUUUUCUAUAGGAUGGAAAACUUGCUUGUUAACAGAAAUAUAUAGAUCUAGAAAAUGCUACUCUGGAGAAAAUAAAAAAUAUAGGAUUUAAAUUAACAAAGAAUCGUAAAUCGGUUGAGUUACUUACUCAUAAUGAACAAGCUUAGGGAAUGUGGUAUAAUUAGCUUAAAUAGUCUUGCGUUUAGAGAGGGUUCAAUAAUGUGUACUCCAUAAAUAAACUGAUUGGGAAAGGAAAUUUUGCAAAGGUAAAGCAUUAUCGAAUAAGUAAAGGUGUACAGUGCAUCCAAAAAAGGUGAUCACUCUAUGUAUGCUGUAAAGGCCUUCGAUAAGCUAAAAUUUUAAGAUAUUAGAAUUGACAAGGUAAAUUAAAUGUAUAAUUAUAGCCUGCUUUGAUUAAAGAAUUAUCAAUAAUGAGAAAGAUGGAAUUUGUGGGUGUGAUAAAAUUACAUGAAGUUUUUGAGAAUGAUAAUUACAUAUUUUUGGUAUGUGAAUUACUUGAGGGAGGGGAGUUGUUUAAUUAAAUGAAAGGUAAAGCAUAUGAUGAGAAAACUGUUGCUCAUAUAAUGUUUAGAAUUUUGCAAUCUAUUGAUUACAUCCAUUCAGUUGGGAUCUUGCAUAGAGACAUAAAGGUAACGAAAGUAAUUUAAAUUUAGCCAGAGAAUUUGAUACUCAGAUCAAAAAGGGAGAUGGCUGAUGUGGUGAUUGCAGAUUUUGGAUUGGCUGAUUUUUAUAAUGCUGAUGGAGAUUAUAUGUUUAAGCGUUGUGGAACUCCUGGUUAUGUUGCUCCUGAGUUACUUUAAGAUAAAAUUUAUGAUUAUAAGAUAGAUAUCUUUAGUGCAGGAGUGCUUAUGUUUAUCAUGUUGACUGGUCAAUCUCCAUUCAAAGCCAAGUCAUAUGAUGAAAUAGUGAUGAAAAAUUAUCAUUGUUAGAUAGAAUUCAGUCUAAUUAAUAAUCAACCUCUAAGUGAAGAAGCUGUUCAUCUCUUAACUUCAUUACUCGAAAAGAAUCCAGAUUUAAGAAUUAGUUCUGAACUUGCUUUACAACACCCUUGGUUUUAGAAGUAAGCAGAUCAUAAAUUAAUCUUGUAAAUUUUUAUUUAAUUUUACAAGAGCGGACGCUUACCCUAGACAUAAAAAGAACUCUUAAUUAUAUGCAAAAACACCGUUGAUGGGAUAAGAAUUAAACUAAUCUAUCACUUCGACUCCACUAAGCGUUACUCCUUAAAUGAGGAGUAAAUCUAAUACAACAGAUAUACAAAGAGAAGAAUAACUUUCGUCUACUUCAAGAUAGUAGAGCUAAUCAUUGAAAAUUUAAAAAUAAGAAUGCAUUUUAGAAGAAAAUGAUUAUAAUGUUAAUGAAGAAGAUGACAUUCCACAUAGUAAUCAAAUUAAAAUGUAUCAAAUCCAGCCAAAAUUGAAAAAAAGUAUUUAUCUAAUCAAAUUUAUUAGAUUAAGAGGAAUAAUAAUUAAAACAAAUUGUUGAAACUGCUAAUAAUAAAGGGUUACUCUAAUAUAAAGUUUGA